AUGCCAUUGUGCACUUUACCUGAAGUAUUACCAGUAUCUCUCACAACUCGAGUCGACGUACCCGACUGUUUGGAAGAAUGGUUUAAACGUUUUUCAUCAUAUGACCGCAUGAUUCACGUCACCACCAUAAUGCGUCGUUUCAUCAGCCGGUGCCGUCGUUGUGAGCCUGAACCACCUCCCAAUCUGUGUCUGAGUGGUGUUGAGGGCGACGGUGCUACUCUCAGUAUUAUCCGAGAGUCUCAACGUAUCUACUUCUCUGACCUAUUACGUGAGUUAUCAACUGGUAUCAGGGUAUCGUCAAAGCCGCUGGCUCGUUUAGCUCCGUUUGUCGACGAUGUUGGAAUCAUCCGAGUUGGUGGUCGCCUUCGUCAUUCCACCCUAUCGUACGAGUGUAAACACCCAACGUUAAUUGCCAAGCGCUCCCAUCUAGCCCUAUUGAUUUGUCGUCGGUGGCACCGCCUAACAUGCCAUUCCGGCCCCCGUGUCAUGAUAUCACUCAUUUUACGCCAAUACUGGAUCAUCGCCAUCCGCUCGGUGGUACAUGAAGUGUUGACCAAAUGUUCUGUAUGUGUGCGGUUAGCUGCAAAACCUCCUCAACAUUUGAUGGCGGACCUUCCUGCUGCACGCGUGCAACAAUUCCGUCCAUUUGCCCGAGUUGGCGUGGACUAUGCUGGCCCCCUUCAAAUGAGAGAGAUAAGGCUUCGCAAAUCUCRGAUCUAUAAGGUGUAUAUAGCGGUGUUAGUCUGUUUUUCUAUAAAGGCGGUCCACCUUGAAGUGGUGUCAGAAUUGUCAACUAAUGCCUUUUUGGCAGCGUUUGACCGCUUCGUCGGGCGUCGUGGACUCCCCAGCGAGAUAUAUUCCGACUGCGGAACAAACUUCGUUGGUGCUGACAAGCAAUUACAAGCGCUUCUUAACAGUCCGCAAGGUCAGCUCGCCAUUACCACCAACUCUCGUCCAAAUUGUACAUGGCAUUUCAACCCCCCCAGUGCUGCGCAYUUUGGURGGUUAUGGGAGGCGGCGGUCCGAUCCACUAAGCGUUUGCUGGUUCGUACAAUGAGCACCCACGUUUUCACCUACGAAGAGUUCACUACUGUCCUGAUCCGCAUCGAAGCCGUUCUUAAUUUUCGACCACUGACGCCCGCAUCCACAGAUCCUCACGACUUGGAGUGCCUCACACCUGGGCAUUUCCUCAUUGGACAACCACUGCUCGCCGUUCCACCUCGUUCCAAUCCAGAUCCUACCCGUAAUUUGACCAACCGGUGGAAGUUAUUAGACCAGUGCCAUCAAGCCUUUUGGAAGCGUUGGUCAACGGARUACUUGACAACUCUCCAGGAACGCGUCAAAUGGACGGAUCGUGUCCCCAACAUAAAGGUCAACGACAUGGUCGUCGUGGUUGACAACCAAGCGCCCCCUUUAUUAUGGCGUCUCGGGCGCAUCAUUGAAUUGGUGCCAGGACCCGAUGGAAUUGUGUGA